GUCUCCUGCCGAAAAUAGACUUGAUGUGUCUCCUAAAAUUAUGACAUUUUGAUUUCCUUACAAAAACACAACAAAUCUUGUUUCAAAAUGGGGAACUCUGGACGGGUGACGGGCUGGACAAUUGCUGGGACUAUUCUUAUUGGAGUGUCCAUCAUAGCCCUUCUGUUCGCCAGCGCCUACCCGUACUGGCAGCAGGCCGAGAAAACUAGAGACACAGGUAUCCCCAGUAUCGGAUUAUGGUCCAUUUGCUUCAGAGCCGACGGCUACCCAGCGCCAUCCUGGGCCAACGACAUAUUAGGGAACAGAUACUACGGAUGUAACUAUGUGUUUGACAGAGAUUUGAGGAAAAUCGUAGAUUGGAUUUAUCCAGCUUGGUUCAAAGCUGUGGUGAUUUUUGUCACCCUUGGUCUCAUCACUCAGCCUCUGUGUAUAAUUCUCAACAUUCUCUACUAUGCAAGGAUGGUCAGUGCUUACAAGGAGCAUAGACUCUUGCUGGUUUCAUCAAUCAUCAAUGCCAAUGAAGGUCUGUUAGUAGCUAUAGCAAUAAUAAUUUUUGGAAUAAUGUCAGCUAAGGACGCCAAGUGGCUGCCCAUGCCAGAGUCCAACCACUUGUCUUACUCUUAUGCAGUUUGUGCCAUAGUUCCAGUGCUGUGUUUUUUUGCUGCAAUGUGUCACACUGUAGAUUUCCUAAGGAUCAAGUCUUACAAAGAUCGUGAUGCCAGGGCUCAGACAUAUGCUAGGGGAGAGUUUGCUAGAUAUUAGUAAUGUUUAAAGAUCUGUUUAGUGUCAGUGUGUAUGUUGUGUAUGUUGAUGUUUGGUAAUAAGAUAAACCUUAGAUAAAGAAACCAUAGGGGUAGAAUUUUAUGUAAAGAAGAUGUCCAAAGAAUAUUUGCUUAUAACAUUCUGAUGCCUAAACUAUGGUCCCAGGGACAUACCCUGCCCCUAGAAACUUCAGCCCACAGUGCAUAGUUAAGCUGCAGAGGAUAUAUUCCAUUGGGCUUUGCGAUUAAUGGCAUUGAUGCUGACCAUGAACUGUAUAUGGCCUCCAUGCAUAAAUGGGUUAAACACCACUGACUUGUGGCAGCUAAUUAAAAAAAAUGUCAAAAUGAUUUGCCAACCAUCUUUCUCUUUCUCUGUCUUUUGCCUCGAAUAGAACCUUUUUCAAUAGCAGGCCCGUCCAUUCUUUUAUGUUGUCUUCCCAUUGCUUUUUCUGUCUGCCUCUUCUCUUUUUUUUCCUGGUACUGUUCCCUGAAGACCUUGUUAUAUGGCCAUAGAGUUUUAGUUUAAAUUUUUUUUACAAUAGUUAGCAGGUCAUCAUGGGGUCCAAUGGCUGUAGAAAGCUUGUCUCUAAUCUCUUCAUUUGUGAUAGCUAGGAUCCUUCUGUAGCAUCUUAAUUCCUUUGCUAGGAACCUCUUUUCAAGCUACAGUCAGCGUCGCAAGCAUAUAAGAAUGUGGCCAUGACCAGGGAACGCAUCAGUCUGAUUUUGGUGUAGAGGGCUGUGCCCUUAGUGAAACCUUAGUUUACAUUAACUUAAAAAUAAUUUUUUAAAGGUCAGCAUGGGCUGUAUUAUGUAAUAUAUAUGUGGUGUCUUGAUAGCAUACUUCGUUGAAGGCCAAAGUGUGACUUUUUAAAAUCUUCAUAUCCAUCAUGAACAAGCGACUUGUUCAGAGAAUAAUAUUGAGAUGUAUACAUUUUUGUAAAUAUGUAUUGUACAUUUUUAAGUGUUUUUCUACAGCAAAUGUUACUACUCUACUGUACAUACUUUACAACAGCUGUACUAUAUAUUAUAAAUUAAAUAUACCUGAACUGACACAUUUUGAUUUUAAAAUUUUUAUACUUUGUCCAUCAUAAAGACAGAAUGGUCUUACAUUAUGUGUACAUUUUUCUUUUAAUCUUUUCUGUUCUAAUCUGUUCAAUCUUAUCAUUUCAUACUAUAUUGGGCUACCAUACAAAACAAAAAAAUCUUUUAAAUUUGUUCCUAUACCGGUACUUUCAGAUGAAUUUAUUCUGUGUCCAUCUGUAAAAGACUGGACAUUCUAAUGUCUUGUCAAAAAAAAAUUUGUAAAAUAAGAAAAUAAAAUUUCAAUGUUUUUAAAAAAGUUUAAUUCUGUAGGCAUGAUAGAAAAAGGUAUUUAAUAAUCAAUCAGAAAACAGAAUUGUAUUUUGUAAGCAAUGUUUUGUGAAGAUUUUAAAAUGUAGCCAUCAUUUUUUAACCCUUGAAGAUUUUUUGUUUUGCAAAAAGAUAUUUAUUUUUAAAACUUCAGAUAGUUCACUAAAUCUAUAUGUAAAAAUUUACAUUUCUGUGUUAAAAAAGAUGAAUUAAUGAUUGAUUGAUUAGGGGUCUUAUUAUAUUUUGCCCCAGACAUUCCUUUUACAAUUUCUAUGCUCAUUAUUUUAUCUUUUAUGUAAAUUCAAUGAAAAUUGAAAUAUGUAUAGAGAGAUAUAUUGUACAUAAGUUUUACUACAUAGUUUUACAUUGGUGUACAUUCCAGUGGUAUUUUAGUCUAUUGACAUAUCAGUGCCUCAGUUUGAUGGUGUCAUUCAGUAAUUUUAUCUGUUUCACUCUCACUCAUAAUUAAAUGAGCUUUGGAUGAAAUUAUCUUCUUGAACAAAUAUCUGUCACUUAUAAGAUAACUUUCACUGUUCAAGUAAUUAACUUUUACUGUUCAAGUAAAAUUGUGUUUUUUCUUUUUGUAAUGAUGCUCAUUUAAACAUUCUGGUGGAAAAAAUAAAAUGGAUGGUUGCUUGGCUGUGUGGUAUAUUAUAUGCUUCAGGCUGUUCUCAAGAUGUUCCCAAAUUAAACUCUGCUUGCUUCCACCCCACACAAUCUUGCAGAUGUUUGGACUUUGAUUUCUGAAGGAAUAUCUGCAUAUGCCUGGUCGUGCGAUUUGCGCACUGGACUGUCAUUCAGACUUAUCAAAGGUCCUGGGCUCAAACCCUGCCUGCUUCCAUCCCUCGUUGUCCUGCCGGAGGUUUGGACUAUGAAGUAAAUUAUCUUCAUCUGUGAAGGCACAUCCAAAACAUAUAAAACAUUUUACAAACAAAAUAAAACAAAACAAAAACUGAAUUAUUUCUGAUUCUUUAAUGAUUUAUAAAACUAGACAUUUGUAUGGCGUCUGUACUGAAAUAUUUGUCCAUGGUAGGACUAGUGUUAUUUUCAUUCUGUAGCUACUUAGGAACAAGUCUGUACUUUCAUCAGUGGGCAGGAUAGCAAAGCCUAAGCAGGUUUUAUUGAUACACAAGUUAUUCUACAAAGAUGUCUUAGUCCUUCUUCAGUAGUUUCUGCAUCUGGUGUUUUUUUUGUUGUUUUUUUUUAUCAAAGCUUUUGUGUUGACAUUUAUGUAGCAAUAAUGCCAGUUUAUUUGUUAUUCUCAUGGUGAUGCCAGUAUUACUUUUUUCAUUUAUCUAAAAAAAAUGUCUGUAUUUAUUUAUUUAGUGGACAUUAAAUUUGUCUUUUUUUUUGUUUGUUUCUUUGUUUCAGACUUUUUGAAUGUACUUUUAGACAUGGUUAAAACAUACCACAUCACCAAGCAACCAUCCAGAAAUUUCAUUACCAGUGUUUCUUGUAUUUCAUAGCUAUUCAGAUCUUAAACAGAUAUUUCUUUUAAAUGCCAGCAGCCUGUAAAGAUUUGUUUGUUGACUUUUUAGUUAGUUUCUCUGCUCUUUCAGUUGAGAAGUUUUCUGAACAUUUUACUCAAUGUCACAUAAUUUACUUGUCAUUUACCAUUGUACUUGUCAUCUCUUUCGUAUCACUAAAAGGUGGUUGUUUGUUUUUUCUAAAUUAUGCAACUAAAUUUAAAUGACUUUAGCUUUAGCUACAUUAUCUGUUGUCAGGAAUUAAGACAUUGUUACAAAAAUGUGUGUGAGUUUUGUUGCAAUUUUUACAUUACAUUCCAAACUUAUUCCCAUGUAUAUAUUUUCUCAUAUAUAUAUUUAAAGUGACAUAUCCUUUUACCUUGAAAUGAGUGUUUAUUUUACACUUGUACACAAGACAACUAUGUACUUGAUCAUCUCAACCAGUUUUCUCAAAUGAUUUUUAUUACAAUACAAUGAAAUUUUAUGCAUC